AUGGUGGGCAAAAAUGAUGGCACAGGGCAUGAGAGGCCGCAAGUUCUGCCAUUUCGGUAUCAGUUCGCAGCUGGAGCUGUUGCUGGCAUAUCGGAGAUCUUAGUAAUGUAUCCGCUUGACGUGGUGAAAACACGCAUACAAUUGCAGCACGGGCGAGCUGUCGACGGUGAAGGGUACAAUGGUGUCUGGGACUGCUUCAGGAAGAUCAUUCGGAAUGAAGGAGUCUCGAGGCUGUAUCGCGGUAUAACUGCUCCUAUUCUGAUGGAAGUCCCUAAAAGAGCGAUCAAAUUCUCCGCAAACGACUCCUUCGCACCUUUCUACCAACGCAUUUUCUCGACACCGACACUCAAUCAACAACUCGCUGUCCUAACGGGCGCCAGCGCAGGUGCUACCGAGUCGCUCAUCGUAGUCCCCUUCGAACUGCUCAAGAUCCGCCUUCAAGACAAGACCUCUGCGUCGCGCUACAACGGACUUCUAGACUGCUUAGUCAAAGUGGUUCGUCAAGAAGGUCCCUUGGCGCUCUAUAAUGGCUUCGAAGCCACGCUCUGGCGGCAUAUCGUUUGGAAUGCAGGGUACUUCGGCUGCAUAUUUCAAGUCCGGGCCCAGCUGCCCAAUCCCACAACGUCUUCCAAUCCGCGUAGGCAGAAGACUGUGAAUGAUUUAGUCGCGGGCUUUGUUGGUGGCGUUGUUGGUACGACGUUUAACACGCCGCUUGAUGUGGUCAAGAGCAGGAUCCAGAGUGUUGCCAAAGUGCCGGGUGUAAGACCCAAGUAUGCAUGGGCGUGGCCGAGUUUAGGCGUUGUGGCGAGAGAGGAAGGGUUCAAAGCAUUGUAUAAGGGGUACGUGGCCAAGAUCCUGAGGUUUGGGCCCGGCGGUGGUGUGUUGUUGGUUGUCUAUUCGGCCGUGUUGGAUAUACUUGGAAAGGUAUCUUAG